AUGUGGCCAUCCAGUCAAAAGUGCAGUCUGCUCACUCUGCCGGUUCACACUGGGCUCUGGCCAUGCUACUUUAUGUGUGGCCACGUACUGUGGUUGAGCGUCAACCUCUUUAUCUAUGAGCAACACUUUGCCAAUGACAGGGCCGCAAGAGGACACCAUGGGAAAGCGGUUGUAGGAUUGGAGUCUGGGAAGCAGCUUCUCUCAGGUGAGUGGGUUGAAAGCCAGCUUCUGACCAAAAUGCUUUGUGUUAAAAGGGGAGCUUGUCGACGUCACUGUGUACAAGGCUUUGCAUGGCAAAGUUUGAGCUUAUGUGUGCUGGGCUGUGGUGUAGUUUUCAAGCAUGUUUGCGCGUCGAGCUGAACAGUCAUGGGCGGAUCCUUUGCCGGCAAGUUUUCUUUGGCCUGACUGCACACCAUGCGGCAGCUUUGCCCAAUUCAAAACUCACUCUGUGCAUUGGCCGGGAAUCGAACCCGGGCCUCCCGCGUGGCAGGCGAGAAUUCUACCACUGAACCACCAAUGCUCCUGGUGCUGCUCCCUGGCGGGGCGUCGCCGCGCAACAGCGCCAGCAUGAGUUUCACCGUACUGGUUUUUGGGAGAAAAAAACAUCUCUGCACUAUCCCCAACCUCUUGCAGAUGCUUUUGCCUUCCGCUUCAGGGGCGACUGGUGUCCCUUUGGUUGUCUUGUAACCUUUGAUCCAAUGUGGCCAUCCAGUCAAAAGUGCAGUCUGCUCACUCUGCCGGUUCACACUGGGCUCUGGCCAUGCUACUUUAUGUGUGGCCACGUACUGUGGUUGAGCGUCAACCUCUUUAUCUUUGAGCAACACUUUGCCAAUGACAGGGCCGCAAGAGGACACCAUGGGAAAGCGGUUGUAGGAUUGGAGUCUGGGAAGCAGCUUCUCUCAGGUGAGUGGGUUGAAAGCCAGCUUCUGACCAAAAUACUUUGUGUUAAAAGGGGAGCUUGUCGACGUCACUGUGUACAAGGCUUUGCAUGGCAAAGUUUGAGCUUAUGUGUGCUGGGCUGUGGUGUAGUUUUCAAGCAUGUUUGCGCGUCGAGCUGAACAGUCAUGGGCGGAUCCUUUGCCGGCAAGUUUUCUUUGGCCUGACUGCACACCAUGCAGCACCUUUGCCCAAUUCAAAACUCACUCUGUGCAUUGGCCGGGAAUCGAACCCGGGCCUCCCGCGUGGCAGGCGAGAAUUCUACCACUGAACCACCAAUGCUCCUGGUGCUGCUCCCUGGCGGGGCGUCGCCGCGCAACAGCGCCAGCAUGAGUUUCACCGUACUGGUUUUUGGGAGAAAAAAACAUCUCUGCACUAUCCCCAACCUCUUGCAGAUGCUUUUGCCUUCCGCUUAAGGGGCGACUGGUGUCCCUUUGGUUGUCUUGUAACCUUUGAUCCAAUGUGGCCAUCCAGUCAAAAGUGCAGUCUGCUCACUCUGCCGGUUCACACUGGGCUCUGGCCAUGCUACUUUAUGUGUGGCCACGUACUGUGGUUGAGCGUCAACCUCUUUAUCUUUGAGCAACACUUUGCCAAUGACAGGGCCGCAAGAGGACACCAUGGGAAAGCGGUUGUAGGAUUGGAGUCUGGGAAGCAGCUUCUCUCAGGUGAGUGGGUUGAAAGCCAGCUUCUGACCAAAAUGCUUUGUGUUAAAAGGGGAGCUUGUCGACGUCACUGUGUACAAGGCUUUGCAUGGCAAAGUUUGAGCUUAUGUGUGCUGGGCUGUGGUGUAGUUUUCAAGCAUGUUUGCGCGUCGAGCUGAACAGUCAUGGGCGGAUCCUUUGCCGGCAAGUUUUCUUUGGCCUGACUGCACACCAUGCGGCAGCUUUGCCCAAUUCAAAACUCACUCUGUGCAUUGGCCGGGAAUCGAACCCGGGCCUCCCGCGUGGCAGGCGAUAAUUCUACCACUGAACCACCAAUGCUCCUGGUGCUGCUCCCUGGCGGGGCGUCGCCGCGCAACAGCGCCAGCAUGAGUUUCACCGUACUGGUUUUUGGGAGAAAAAAACAUCUCUGCACUAUCCCCAACCUCUUGCAGAUGCUUUUGCCUUCCGCUUCAGGGGCGACUGGUGUCCCUUUGGUUGUCUUGUAACCUUUGAUCCAAUGUGGCCAUCCAGUCAAAAGUGCAGUCUGCUCACUCUGCCGGUUCACACUGGGCUAUGGCCAUGCUACGUUAUGUGUGGCCACGUACUGUGGUUGAGCGUCAACCUCUUUAUCUUUGAGCAACACUUUGCCAAUGACAGGGCCGCAAGAGGACACCAUGGGAAAGCGGUUGUAGGAUUGGAGUCUGGGAAGCAGCUUCUCUCAGGUGAGUGGGUUGAAAGCCAGCUUCUGACCAAAAUGCUUUGUGUUAAAAGGGGAGCUUGUCGACGUCACUGUGUACAAGGCUUUGCAUGGCAAAGUUUGAGCUUAUGUGUGCUGGGCUGUGGUGUAGUUUUCAAGCAUGUUUGCGCGUCGAGCUGAACAGUCAUGGGCGGAUCCUUUGCCGGCAAGUUUUCUUUGGCCUGACUGCACACCAUGCGGCAGCUUUGCCCAAUUCAAAACUCACUCUGUGCAUUGGCCGGGAAUCGAACCCGGGCCUCCCGCGUGGCAGGCGAGAAUUCUACCACUGAACCACCAAUGCUCCUGGUGCUGCUCCCUGGCGGGGCGUCGCCACGCAACAGCGCCAGCAUGAGUUUCACCGUACUGGUUUUUGGGAGAAAAAAACAUCUCUGCACUAUCCCCAACCUCUUGCAGAUGCUUUUGCCUUCCGCUUCAGGGGCGACUGGUGUCCCUUUGGUUGUCUUGUAACCUUUGAUCCAAUGUGGCCAUCCAGUCAAAAGUGCAGUCUGCUCACUCUGCCGGUUCACACUGGGCUCUGGCCAUGCUACUUUAUGUGUGGCCACGUACUGUGGUUGAGCGUCAACCUCUUUAUCUUUGAGCAACACUUUGCCAAUGACAGGGCCGCAAGAGGACACCAUGGGAAAGCGGUUGUAGGAUUGGAGUCUGGGAAGCAGCUUCUCUCAGGUGAGUGGGUUGAAAGCCAGCUUCUGACCAAAAUGCUUUGUGUUAAAAGGGGAGCUUGUCGACGUCACUGUGUACAAGGCUUUGCAUGGCAAAGUUUGAGCUUAUGUGUGCUGGGCUGUGGUGUAGUUUUCAAGCAUGUUUGCGCGUCGAGCUGAACAGUCAUGGGCGGAUCCUUUGCCGGCAAGUUUUCUUUGGCCUGACUGCACACCAUGCGGCAGCUUUGCCCAAUUCAAAACUCACUCUGUGCAUUGGCCGGGAAUCGAACCCGGGCCUCCCGCGUGGCAGGCGAGAAUUCUACCGCUGAACCACCAAUGCUCCUGGUGCUGCUCCCUGGCGGGGCGUCGCCGCGCAACAGCGCCAGCAUGAGUUUCACCGUACUGGUUUUUGGGAGAAAAAAACAUCUCUGCACUAUCCCCAACCUCUUGCAGAUGCUUUUGCCUUCCGCUUCAGGGGCGACUGGUGUCCCUUUGGUUGUCUUGUAACCUUUGAUCCAAUGUGGCCAUCCAGUCAAAAGUGCAGUCUGCUCACUCUGCCGGUUCACACUGGGCUCUGGCCAUGCUACUUUAUGUGUGGCCACGUACUGUGGUUGAGCGUCAACCUCUUUAUCUUUGAGCAACACUUUGCCAAUGACAGGGCCGCAAGAGGACACCAUGGGAAAGCGGUUGUAGGAUUGGAGUCUGGGAAGCAGCUUCUCUCAGGUGAGUGGGUUGAAAGCCAGCUUCUGACCAAAAUGCUUUGUGUUAAAAGGGGAGCUUGUCGACGUCACUGUGUACAAGGCUUUGCAUGGCAAAGUUUGAGCUUAUGUGUGCUGGGCUGUGGUGUAGUUUUCAAGCAUGUUUGCGCGUCGAGCUGAACAGUCAUGGGCGGAUCCUUUGCCGGCAAGUUUUCUUUGGCCUGACUGCACACCAUGCGGCAGCUUUGCCCAAUUCAAAACUCACUCUGUGCAUUGGCCGGGAAUCGAACCCGGGCCUCCCGCGUGGCAGGCGAGAAUUCUACCACUGAACCACCAAUGCUCCUGGUGCUGCUCCCUGGCGGGGCGUCGCCGCGCAACAGCGCCAGCAUGAGUUUCACCGUACUGGUUUUUGGGAGAAAAAAACAUCUCUGCACUAUCCCCAACCUCUUGCAGAUGCUUUUGCCUUCCGCUUCAGGGGCGACUGGUGUCCCUUUGGUUGUCUUGUAACCUUUGAUCCAAUGUGGCCAUCCAGUCAAAAGUGCAGUCUGCUCACUCUGCCGGUUCACACUGGGCUCUGGCCAUGCUACUUUAUGUGUGGCCACGUACUGUGGUUGAGCGUCAACCUCUUUAUCUUUGAGCAACACUUUGCCAAUGACAGGGCCGCAAGAGGACACCAUGGGAAAGCGGUUGUAGGAUUGGAGUCUGGGAAGCAGCUUCUCUCAGGUGAGUGGGUUGAAAGCCAGCUUCUGACCAAAAUGCUUUGUGUUAAAAGGGGAGCUUGUCGACGUCACUGUGUACAAGGCUUUGCAUGGCAAAGUUUGAGCUUAUGUGUGCUGGGCUGUGGUGUAGUUUUCAAGCAUGUUUGCGCGUCGAGCUGAACAGUCAUGGGCGGAUCCUUUGCCGGCAAGUUUUCUUUGGCCUGACUGCACACUAUGCGGCACCUUUGCCCAAUUCAAAACUCACUCUGUGCAUUGGCCGGGAAUCGAACCCGGGCCUCCCGCGUGGCAGGCGAGAAUUCUACCACUGAACCACCAAUGCUCCUGGUGCUGCUCCCUGGCGGGGCGUCGCCGCGCAACAGCGCCAGCAUGAGUUUCACCGUACUGGUUUUUGGGAGAAAAAAACAUCUCUGCACUAUCCCCAACCUCUUGCAGAUGCUUUUGCCUUCCGCUUCAGGGGCGACUGGUGUCCCUUUGGUUGUCUUGUAACCUUUGAUCCAAUGUGGCCAUCCAGUCAAAAGUGCAGUCUGCUCACUCUGCCGGUUCACACUGGGCUCUGGCCAUGCUACUUUAUGUGUGGCCACGUACUGUGGUUGAGCGUCAACCUCUUUAUCUUUGAGCAACACUUUGCCAAUGACAGGGCCGCAAGAGGACACCAUGGGAAAGCGGUUGUAGGAUUGGAGUCUGGGAAGCAGCUUCUCUCAGGUGAGUGGGUUGAAAGCCAGCUUCUGACCAAAAUACUUUGUGUUAAAAGGGGAGCUUGUCGACGUCACUGUGUACAAGGCUUUGCAUGGCAAAGUUUGAGCUUAUGUGUGCUGGGCUGUGGUGUAGUUUUCAAGCAUGUUUGCGCGUCGAGCUGAACAGUCAUGGGCGGAUCCUUUGCCGGCAAGUUUUCUUUGGCCUGACUGCACACCAUGCGGCACCUUUGCCCAAUUCAAAACUCACUCUGUGCAUUGGCCGGGAAUCGAACCCGGGCCUCCCGCGUGGCAGGCGAGAAUUCUACCACUGAACCACCAAUGCUCCUGGUGCUGCUCCCUGGCGGGGCGUCGCCGCGCAACAGCGCCAGCAUGAGUUUCACCGUACUGGUUUUUGGGAGAAAAAAACAUCUCUGCACUAUCCCCAACCUCUUGCAGAUGCUUUUGCCUUCCGCUUAAGGGGCGACUGGUGUCCCUUUGGUUGUCUUGUAACCUUUGAUCCAAUGUGGCCAUCCAGUCAAAAGUGCAGUCUGCUCACUCUGCCGGUUCACACUGGGCUCUGGCCAUGCUACUUUAUGUGUGGCCACGUACUGUGGUUGAGCGUCAACCUCUUUAUCUUUGAGCAACACUUUGCCAAUGACAGGGCCGCAAGAGGACACCAUGGGAAAGCGGUUGUAGGAUUGGAGUCUGGGAAGCAGCUUCUCUCAGGUGAGUGGGUUGAAAGCCAGCUUCUGACCAAAAUGCUUUGUGUUAAAAGGGGAGCUUGUCGACGUCACUGUGUACAAGGCUUUGCAUGGCAAAGUUUGAGCUUAUGUGUGCUGGGCUGUGGUGUAGUUUUCAAGCAUGUUUGCGCGUCGAGCUGAACAGUCAUGGGCGGAUCCUUUGCCGGCAAGUUUUCUUUGGCCUGACUGCACACUAUGCGGCACCUUUGCCCAAUUCAAAACUCACUCUGUGCAUUGGCCGGGAAUCGAACCCGGGCCUCCCGCGUGGCAGGCGAGAAUUCUACCACUGAACCACCAAUGCUCCUGGUGCUGCUCCCUGGCGGGGCGUCGCCGCGCAACAGCGCCAGCAUGAGUUUCACCGUACUGGUUUUUGGGAGAAAAAAACAUCUCUGCACUAUCCCCAACCUCUUGCAGAUGCUUUUGCCUUCCGCUUCAGGGGCGACUGGUGUCCCUUUGGUUGUCUUGUAACCUUUGAUCCAAUGUGGCCAUCCAGUCAAAAGUGCAGUCUGCUCACUCUGCCGGUUCACACUGGGCUCUGGCCAUGCUACUUUAUGUGUGGCCACGUACUGUGGUUGAGCGUCAACCUCUUUAUCUUUGAGCAACACUUUGCCAAUGACAGGGCCGCAAGAGGACACCAUGGGAAAGCGGUUGUAGGAUUGGAGUCUGGGAAGCAGCUUCUCUCAGGUGAGUGGGUUGAAAGCCAGCUUCUGACCAAAAUGCUUUGUGUUAAAAGGGGAGCUUGUCGACGUCACUGUGUACAAGGCUUUGCAUGGCAAAGUUUGAGCUUAUGUGUGCUGGGCUGUGGUGUAGUUUUCAAGCAUGUUUGCGCGUCGAGCUGAACAGUCAUGGGCGGAUCCUUUGCCGGCAAGUUUUCUUUGGCCUGACUGCACACCAUGCGGCAGCUUUGCCCAAUUCAAAACUCACUCUGUGCAUUGGCCGGGAAUCGAACCCGGGCCUCCCGCGUGGCAGGCGAGAAUUCUACCGCUGAACCACCAAUGCUCCUGGUGCUGCUCUCUGGCGGGGCGUCGCCGCGCAACAGCGCCAGCAUGAGUUUCACCGUACUGGUUUUUGGGAGAAAAAACAUCUCUGCACUAUCCCCAACCUCUUGCAGAUGCUUUUGCCUUCCGCUUCAGGGGCGACUGGUGUCCCUUUGGUUGUCUUGUAACCUUUGAUCCAAUGUGGCCAUCCAGUCAAAAGUGCAGUCUGCUCACUCUGCCGGUUCACACUGGGCUCUGGCCAUGCUACUUUAUGUGUGGCCACGUACUGUGGUUGAGCGUCAACCUCUUUAUCUUUGAGCAACACUUUGCCAAUGACAGGGCCGCAAGAGGACACCAUGGGAAAGCGGUUGUAGGAUUGGAGUCUGGGAAGCAGCUUCUCUCAGGUGAGUGGGUUGAAAGCCAGCUUCUGACCAAAAUGCUUUGUGUUAAAAGGGGAGCUUGUCGACGUCACUGUGUACAAGGCUUUGCAUGGCAAAGUUUGAGCUUAUGUGUGCUGGGCUGUGGUGUAGUUUUCAAGCAUGUUUGCGCGUCGAGCUGAACAGUCAUGGGCGGAUCCUUUGCCGGCAAGUUUUCUUUGGCCUGACUGCACACCAUGCGGCAGCUUUGCCCAAUUCAAAACUCACUCUGUGCAUUGGCCGGGAAUCGAACCCGGGCCUCCCGCGUGGCAGGCGAGAAUUCUACCACUGAACCACCAAUGCUCCUGGUGCUGCUCCCUGGCGGGGCGUCGCCGCGCAACAGCGCCAGCAUGAGUUUCACCGUACUGGUUUUUGGGAGAAAAAAACAUCUCUGCACUAUCCCCAACCUCUUGCAGAUGCUUUUGCCUUCCGCUUCAGGGGCGACUGGUGUCCCUUUGGUUGUCUUGUAACCUUUGAUCCAAUGUGGCCAUCCAGUCAAAAGUGCAGUCUGCUCACUCUGCCGGUUCACACUGGGCUCUGGCCAUGCUACUUUAUGUGUGGCCACGUACUGUGGUUGAGCGUCAACCUCUUUAUCUUUGAGCAACACUUUGCCAAUGACAGGGCCGCAAGAGGACACCAUGGGAAAGCGGUUGUAGGAUUGGAGUCUGGGAAGCAGCUUCUCUCAGGUGAGUGGGUUGAAAGCCAGCUUCUGACCAAAAUGCUUUGUGUUAAAAGGGGAGCUUGUCGACGUCACUGUGUACAAGGCUUUGCAUGGCAAAGUUUGAGCUUAUGUGUGCUGGGCUGUGGUGUAGUUUUCAAGCAUGUUUGCGCGUCGAGCUGAACAGUCAUGGGCGGAUCCUUUGCCGGCAAGUUUUCUUUGGCCUGACUGCACACUAUGCGGCACCUUUGCCCAAUUCAAAACUCACUCUGUGCAUUGGCCGGGAAUCGAACCCGGGCCUCCCGCGUGGCAGGCGAGAAUUCUACCACUGAACCACCAAUGCUCCUGGUGCUGCUCCCUGGCGGGGCGUCGCCGCGCAACAGCGCCAGCAUGAGUUUCACCGUACUGGUUUUUGGGAGAAAAAAACAUCUCUGCACUAUCCCCAACCUCUUGCAGAUGCUUUUGCCUUCCGCUUCAGGGGCGACUGGUGUCCCUUUGGUUGUCUUGUAACCUUUGAUCCAAUGUGGCCAUCCAGUCAAAAGUGCAGUCUGCUCACUCUGCCGGUUCACACUGGGCUCUGGCCAUGCUACUUUAUGUGUGGCCACGUACUGUGGUUGAGCGUCAACCUCUUUAUCUUUGAGCAACACUUUGCCAAUGACAGGGCCGCAAGAGGACACCAUGGGAAAGCGGUUGUAGGAUUGGAGUCUGGGAAGCAGCUUCUCUCAGGUGAGUGGGUUGAAAGCCAGCUUCUGACCAAAAUACUUUGUGUUAAAAGGGGAGCUUGUCGACGUCACUGUGUACAAGGCUUUGCAUGGCAAAGUUUGAGCUUAUGUGUGCUGGGCUGUGGUGUAGUUUUCAAGCAUGUUUGCGCGUCGAGCUGAACAGUCAUGGGCGGAUCCUUUGCCGGCAAGUUUUCUUUGGCCUGACUGCACACCAUGCGGCACCUUUGCCCAAUUCAAAACUCACUCUGUGCAUUGGCCGGGAAUCGAACCCGGGCCUCCCGCGUGGCAGGCGAGAAUUCUACCACUGAACCACCAAUGCUCCUGGUGCUGCUCCCUGGCGGGGCGUCGCCGCGCAACAGCGCCAGCAUGAGUUUCACCGUACUGGUUUUUGGGAGAAAAAAACAUCUCUGCACUAUCCCCAACCUCUUGCAGAUGCUUUUGCCUUCCGCUUAAGGGGCGACUGGUGUCCCUUUGGUUGUCUUGUAACCUUUGAUCCAAUGUGGCCAUCCAGUCAAAAGUGCAGUCUGCUCACUCUGCCGGUUCACACUGGGCUCUGGCCAUGCUACUUUAUGUGUGGCCACGUACUGUGGUUGAGCGUCAACCUCUUUAUCUUUGAGCAACACUUUGCCAAUGACAGGGCCGCAAGAGGACACCAUGGGAAAGCGGUUGUAGGAUUGGAGUCUGGGAAGCAGCUUCUCUCAGGUGAGUGGGUUGAAAGCCAGCUUCUGACCAAAAUGCUUUGUGUUAAAAGGGGAGCUUGUCGACGUCACUGUGUACAAGGCUUUGCAUGGCAAAGUUUGAGCUUAUGUGUGCUGGGCUGUGGUGUAGUUUUCAAGCAUGUUUGCGCGUCGAGCUGAACAGUCAUGGGCGGAUCCUUUGCCGGCAAGUUUUCUUUGGCCUGACUGCACACUAUGCGGCACCUUUGCCCAAUUCAAAACUCACUCUGUGCAUUGGCCGGGAAUCGAACCCGGGCCUCCCGCGUGGCAGGCGAGAAUUCUACCACUGAACCACCAAUGCUCCUGGUGCUGCUCCCUGGCGGGGCGUCGCCGCGCAACAGCGCCAGCAUGAGUUUCACCGUACUGGUUUUUGGGAGAAAAAAACAUCUCUGCACUAUCCCCAACCUCUUGCAGAUGCUUUUGCCUUCCGCUUCAGGGGCGACUGGUGUCCCUUUGGUUGUCUUGUAACCUUUGAUCCAAUGUGGCCAUCCAGUCAAAAGUGCAGUCUGCUCACUCUGCCGGUUCACACUGGGCUCUGGCCAUGCUACUUUAUGUGUGGCCACGUACUGUGGUUGAGCGUCAACCUCUUUAUCUUUGAGCAACACUUUGCCAAUGACAGGGCCGCAAGAGGACACCAUGGGAAAGCGGUUGUAGGAUUGGAGUCUGGGAAGCAGCUUCUCUCAGGUGAGUGGGUUGAAAGCCAGCUUCUGACCAAAAUGCUUUGUGUUAAAAGGGGAGCUUGUCGACGUCACUGUGUACAAGGCUUUGCAUGGCAAAGUUUGAGCUUAUGUGUGCUGGGCUGUGGUGUAGUUUUCAAGCAUGUUUGCGCGUCGAGCUGAACAGUCAUGGGCGGAUCCUUUGCCGGCAAGUUUUCUUUGGCCUGACUGCACACCAUGCGGCAGCUUUGCCCAAUUCAAAACUCACUCUGUGCAUUGGCCGGGAAUCGAACCCGGGCCUCCCGCGUGGCAGGCGAGAAUUCUACCGCUGAACCACCAAUGCUCCUGGUGCUGCUCUCUGGCGGGGCGUCGCCGCGCAACAGCGCCAGCAUGAGUUUCACCGUACUGGUUUUUGGGAGAAAAAAACAUCUCUGCACUAUCCCCAACCUCUUGCAGAUGCUUUUGCCUUCCGCUUCAGGGGCGACUGGUGUCCCUUUGGUUGUCUUGUAACCUUUGAUCCAAUGUGGCCAUCCAGUCAAAAGUGCAGUCUGCUCACUCUGCCGGUUCACACUGGGCUCUGGCCAUGCUACUUUAUGUGUGGCCACGUACUGUGGUUGAGCGUCAACCUCUUUAUCUUUGAGCAACACUUUGCCAAUGACAGGGCCGCAAGAGGACACCAUGGGAAAGCGGUUGUAGGAUUGGAGUCUGGGAAGCAGCUUCUCUCAGGUGAGUGGGUUGAAAGCCAGCUUCUGACCAAAAUGCUUUGUGUUAAAAGGGGAGCUUGUCGACGUCACUGUGUACAAGGCUUUGCAUGGCAAAGUUUGAGCUUAUGUGUGCUGGGCUGUGGUGUAGUUUUCAAGCAUGUUUGCGCGUCGAGCUGAACAGUCAUGGGCGGAUCCUUUGCCGGCAAGUUUUCUUUGGCCUGACUGCACACCAUGCGGCACCUUUGCCCAAUUCAAAACUCACUCUGUGCAUUGGCCGGGAAUCGAACCCGGGCCUCCCGCGUGGCAGGCGAGAAUUCUACCACUGAACCACCAAUGCUCCUGGUGCUGCUCCCUGGCGGGGCGUCGCCGCGCAACAGCGCCAGCAUGAGUUUCACCGUACUGGUUUUUGGGAGAAAAAAACAUCUCUGCACUAUCCCCAACCUCUUGCAGAUGCUUUUGCCUUCCGCUUCAGGGGCGACUGGUGUCCCUUUGGUUGUCUUGUAACCUUUGAUCCAAUGUGGCCAUCCAGUCAAAAGUGCAGUCUGCUCACUCUGCCGGUUCACACUGGGCUCUGGCCAUGCUACUUUAUGUGUGGCCACGUACUGUGGUUGAGCGUCAACCUCUUUAUCUUUGAGCAACACUUUGCCAAUGACAGGGCCGCAAGAGGACACCAUGGGAAAGCGGUUGUAGGAUUGGAGUCUGGGAAGCAGCUUCUCUCAGGUGAGUGGGUUGAAAGCCAGCUUCUGACCAAAAUGCUUUGUGUUAAAAGGGGAGCUUGUCGACGUCACUGUGUACAAGGCUUUGCAUGGCAAAGUUUGAGCUUAUGUGUGCUGGGCUGUGGUGUAGUUUUCAAGCAUGUUUGCGCGUCGAGCUGAACAGUCAUGGGCGGAUCCUUUGCCGGCAAGUUUUCUUUGGACUGACUGCACACUAUGCGGCACCUUUGCCCAAUUCAAAACUCACUCUGUGCAUUGGCCGGGAAUCGAACCCGGGCCUCCCGCGUGGCAGGCGAGAAUUCUACCACUGAACCACCAAUGCUCCUGGUGCUGCUCCCUGGCGGGGCGUCGCCGCGCAACAGCGCCAGCAUGAGUUUCACCGUACUGGUUUUUGGGAGAAAAAAACAUCUCUGCACUAUCCCCAACCUCUUGCAGAUGCUUUUGCCUUCCGCUUCAGGGGCGACUGGUGUCCCUUUGGUUGUCUUGUAACCUUUGAUCCAAUGUGGCCAUCCAGUCAAAAGUGCAGUCUGCUCACUCUGCCGGUUCACACUGGGCUCUGGCCAUGCUACUUUAUGUGUGGCCACGUACUGUGGUUGAGCGUCAACCUCUUUAUCUUUGAGCAACACUUUGCCAAUGACAGGGCCGCAAGAGGACACCAUGGGAAAGCGGUUGUAGGAUUGGAGUCUGGGAAGCAGCUUCUCUCAGGUGAGUGGGUUGAAAGCCAGCUUCUGACCAAAAUACUUUGUGUUAAAAGGGGAGCUUGUCGACGUCACUGUGUACAAGGCUUUGCAUGGCAAAGUUUGAGCUUAUGUGUGCUGGGCUGUGGUGUAGUUUUCAAGCAUGUUUGCGCGUCGAGCUGAACAGUCAUGGGUGGAUCCUUUGCCGGCAAGUUUUCUUUGGCCUGACUGCACACCAUGCGGCACCUUUGCCCAAUUCAAAACUCACUCUGUGCAUUGGCCGGGAAUCGAACCCGGGCCUCCCGCGCGAGCAGCGAGAAUUGUUUAGCUAAACGGCCCUAAACCGAUUCCCAUUCAUUCUCUAUGGUAGUGCUAAACCACUACGGAUGUAAUAUACUUUUGGCCACUGGUAUUUUUUUGUGGCGCUGUCCCGAGCUCCGCUCCUAAAGUUGUGUAGCGCCUGACAAUCCUUCAUUCGGAGCGCACUUCGCUGGAGGCAACACACCGUCUACAACUCUCUCCGAAUUGUGAUCUCAUCACUGUCUAUUGAAGGUAAGAGAAUUUGUUUGGCAUUAAAAUGUAAAACUAUAGGAUCAAUUUACGGACUUAUCACCCGUGGUUUGAAGCAGGUAGUUCGUAUAUGUACAUGUACAGUAACGGUGCAGUAGUACUGUCGGGUUAUGCCGGUACUAGCUUGAUGUGACAAAAUCUGAGCGCAUUUUCUGUCAGACAAGUUUUGGUGUAUACCGCGGUGAAUUUUGAAUGAAUAUGAUAUUUUAUUCAUAGUUUUGGGUAUUUCUUUUCCAGUUUCUAUGUUCAUUAACGCUAAAAGUUACUGAAACUGAUUUUGUGUAAUUAAUAAGAAUCGCCCGCUCGGUGAGAGAUCAGAUCUGAAAUUUAGCGCUAGAUUAUAGAGAGAGUGAUUCAAAUGAAUAUAACAUGAAUACAUAAUUUUACAGUAUGCUUCAAACCUAAAGCAUUUGAUACCGAUGUUUUAACAAAUGUUAUCUGCUUAAUGGUCACAUGAAGUAAGCAGGUAGUUCGUAUAUGUACAGUAACAGUGCAGUAGUACUGUCGGGUUAUGCCGGUACUAGCUUGAUGUGACAAGAUUUGAGCGCCUUUUCUGUCAGACAAGUUUUGUGUAUACCGCGGUAAAUUUUGAAUGAAUAUCCUAAUUUUUCAUAGUUUGGGUCUCCUCUCCUACCCCAUUUGCCCUUCUCUAAACUCAUACACUUAAACGUUGCUGAUCAGGCACAUAUAUUUUUUUUCCCACAACUACUGCCCCUCUCACUCCCUCCUCUAGUGUUCUGCACACAUGCUGUGCACCCCCCCACCCCACACACACACACCCACACACCCACACACACCCCCUGAAGUUCUCAGACAGACUCUCUGAUGUCCACACUUCCUCCCCCUUAGAUCUUAGAUCAGGUGAAGAUCAAAAAGGUGUGAAAAGCUAUUGUCUUCUUGACCUUCUGAACUUUUUACUGAAGAUCAUAGAAGUUUUAAAGCUGUUAGAUGUUAAAUUGGCUGAUUCUAUUUAAGCAGGAUGAUAACAUGUGAUCUGAAAUAUUCUUGUGAAAUUUGUUAAACGUAUUUCACAAAUACCCUCUUAAAGUAUCUGAUUAAAAUAAACCUUAAACUUCUAUUUUUUUCUCAUAUUACAGAAAAAUGCAGAAGACGAUGACUUUCUUCCCGGGGAAAAUCUGCGUUGUGUUCCGCAAGGGACCACUCGGAUUUCUCCUCCAGGAGCCAUCGAAGGAAGCCAGGAGAAUCAAAGAGGACGCCACUCUGCAGGACAAGUCUGCACCCACACGGGCAGACCUCGUACACCAGAAUGCCCUGGCUGUGGUCCGUCAGAGAGGAGGGGACGCCUCAGAUCGGGCAGAGGUGCUGGGGGACUACAUCCUGCAGUUUGGGAAAUACAAAGGGAAAUCUUUCCGGUGGCUUCUGGAAAACGACAUCGGAUACACAAUGUACCUGAUUAAAAACGUGGAGAAGGAGGAGGCAUCAGGCGUCACCGUGACUGCUGGACAUGCCAAGGACAGCCUGCAGUCAUUCGUCAAUUACGCCCUCGAUUUUGAUGAGAUCCAGUCUCUCCGAACCUAUGAGGCAAGUGGAGUUGGUGUUCUGGCAGCUUCAUCGGAAGAUGACCAGCUGGUUGGCUUUGGCACUCGUGGGAAAAGUACCUGGAAGGAGAUUUGGGACAGCAGAGCUGAUGGCUAUGCGGCCUUCGUUUUGGGGAAGGUCUGCGUCCCAGGUACGCGCAUGUUUAAGCUGCAGCAGUACCUGCAGAAGAGGCAGCGAUCGGCCUCAGCUUCCCCACCCGAGGAACAGGCUGCAAGUGUCUCCAAACCCAUGGGUAAAUUUAUUAUUAUAUAUUGUUAUUUGCCACAUCUGAUGACAUGUGACUAAUACUUUAAACCUAUCCUAAUUUGGGUGAACUUAUUCUUUUUUGUACCCUGUAAUAUUUGUUUGGACCACAGCGAUGGACGAGGAUGAAGAGCUGGAGAGUGCCAUGAUGACCAUGAAAUCCUCCAAACCACACGUGCGGACCUGUAAGUGCGCUUUUAUCACACUGACUAAUUGUCAAAACUGACGGUGGCAAACUCUGUGUUGUAUCUGACAUCUGUUAUUUCCCAUUUUCUGUUCAUAACCAGUUGUUGCGCCAGCAGCAUCCACACCAGCAGCUGCCAUACCAGGAGUGUUCCCAGGAGUGUUCCCAGGAGUGUCCCCAGGAGUGUCCCCAGGAGUGUCCCCAGGAGCAAAGACAGGUUUUUAAACAACGGGUUUCAGGAGUACAGUUCAUAUUCAUGAUGACUUGUCUCUCAAAACUGAACCUCAACUUUAACUAUUUCUUUGUGUUCUUUGUGUUCUUUGUGUUCUUUGUGUUCUUUGUGUUCUUUGUGUUCUGGCCAUGUUCUGGCCGUGUUCCUUUAAUAAUACUGUUAGCUGGUGUUAUAAAAAACUGUCCUAAGGACUAUGAAUUGAUCACUGCCAUGAUGAAUUGAUGGCAAACGCCGUGAGGGUAAGUAAGCAAUUUCUUUUCUACGCAUGUUGUAUUAAAAGAGAAACAUAUGAACUAGCACUUAAAUGCAUGCGUGUUCAUUAAGUCAUAAUGCUCCUCCUGCUUAGACUAGAGAGUCGUGAUUAGUACUUUAAGUUUGUUUGGUGUGUCUAUAACAAUUUAACAACACUAAUUUUGAGAAGCAGGAGAAGUAAGCUUGACUGAUUAAUUUCCUACUAACAAAAACAUCUGAAUAUUUUGUGAAUUUUGAAAUGAUUGAUUAUUUUGGCUCUUCUAGUUCCAUCUGCAACGCUGUCCAAACCUCUGCUGACCACUGCUUCUGAACUGCAGGCCUCACAGGAUGAAGGUAAAAAUAUUGUAAUACCGUUGCUGUAUCAGAAAUAGAAUCUAUACUCGCUGAAGUAGCUAGUUUUCUUUACACAUACAAGGAACUCUGCUCCAUUACACUAUAUUGUUUAUACACAAGCCUACAUACUACAAGAGAACAGAUUGAUGUCGGGUAAGAGGGAUAAUGAUAUUAACGUUAUGAAGUGUAAAAUUAUCACAUAACGUAAUCAAUUGUGUUUAUUGCAAUUUCACGAAAUUAAUGAUGAGCUUAUUCACUUUCCUGCAGCUGCAUCAACCUCGUCCGGUGUGAAAAGGAAGAGAUCCGUGCCCCUUCCACCAGAGCUGGCUUUCCUGAUCAAGGAGACUACUGGUCCCUCACCACCUGGGAGUCUUGAGUCAACUCAAGGUACAGGAUGUUUCUAUUCUAGUGUAGGACUGAUGUUCACAUCUGCUUAAUGCACAGCUGACUUAACUGAGUAGAAUCCUCACAAUAUCUUUAUAUUUCAUCAUCAUGUCUUUUUGAAUAUAGCCCGUACAAGUGCAUGACAGAAAGACUGCUUUCUCUUUUCAGAACCUAGCACAAGUGCUGCUUGCACCUCAGCACAAAGUGGAGUCAAACCUAAAGCCACUGCUGGAGAUGGUAAGAAUGUAGAGAAUGUAAACAUUCCCUCAAUUUUUCUGACUCCUGAUACUAACAUGCUAUGUUGAUUUUGCUUUAAACCAUGCAACCUUUAAUAAUUAUCUGUAUCAAAAUAAUCACUUGUGUUCUAUUGUCUUAUUUUUAUCCUAGUUUCCUCAGCUCAGCCCCCUCCUCCUGCUCCUGCUCUUGUUCCUGUUCCUGCUCCUGCUCCUGCCCCUGCCCCUGCUCCUGUGCCUGCGCAUGAUCAUGAUAUGAGCAGCUGGAGCUGUUCUCAUCACCAAAAGCUCUGGAUGAGGACAGAGCUCCAGGAUCUUGGGCUGUGGCCUGGGUCUCGCCCAGUUCGUAACCCAGGGAACGCAGUUUCUUUGUGGCGUCUUCCUCCACAACCUGAGCUGUUGGAUUCAGUGGCUGAGCUCCCGUCCCCCAACUUCUUCCAGCUCCACCCAUUUUUUAUCUGGAAACCUGAGAGUCACAUCAUGGUCAGGCUGAGAAACAAUUAUAUCCUGCCCUGUCUCCACGGCUGUCCUCAUCCUCAGGUGGUCUCUGCAGGAGUGGGCAGGCCUCGAGUUGUUGUUGGCACCAGCGGGCAAUAUUUUAUCUUCUCCUCUCGACUCUGCUGCAAGGCCUGUCGAAAGACCUGGUUCGCCGACAGUCCACGAUGGCUUGACAAACUUCCCAGGCGCUUCACCAACCUUCUGCCUGCAUUUCUGACUUACAAGAAAGCCAUCUGUAAGUCUGUCAUGGAUGAGCUGAGACGCACCGGGAAGUCACCAACAGACAUGGCCAACCAGGUGAAUGAGCUCAUGCACCUCAAGUAUGAGCGAGCUCACCUGGCAUACCUCCAAGCCAUCGAGAGUCUGAGAGAUGCUGAGGCUGGAGUGCACGGUCAGAGAACCAUCGGACAGUUCCUGAGGAAGGACAACCAGCCACGCGCUUUUGGGCCAUACGACGAGCAAGAUGGCUGGGCUGGAGUCUCUGUGUCCGGGUUCUACCUGACUGACUGCCUGCUGGAGGAGUUCAAACGCCAGGAGCCAGCAUUGUCCAGGCUUCUUCAGGGAACAUUUGGGCGUGUUUUCAGGUCUGACCACACCAGGAGAGUGGCAAGGAAGGUGACCUUAGCCUCAGGAGUCAUGUCCAGUUAUGCCGUGAUGAACGAGCACUGGCUCAUUGUCUCCUGGGUGAUGGUUCAGUCUGAAAGCGAGAGGUCCCUGGAGCUGAUGUACGAGGGGGUGGCGAAGAGGUACAGCGACGCCGGAGUGGAAAAAGCAGGCUACCACUGGGUGGACAGGUGAGCAGAGCCAUCAGCUGUUUUCAGUUUCAUUCAAACUAACUAACUAACAAACUAACUCAUUCAUUUAUUUUUGAUUCAAUUUAGUGUCUAGUUUUAAUUUUAAUCCUUCUGUGUCUUUGUGCCUUACAUUAGGGAUUGCUGUGCUGCAUUUAAAAUCGCUGACAGCAGCCCUUUUGAGCAUCUGGACUGGGAUGCCUGGAAGACCACCCCAUCCAUUAUUGCCGGAGCGACCUCUGGAAGUCUUGUGAACACCUGUGCCUCACGUUCACAUUACAAUGCUGGCAUUGUUGUGAAACUGGACUUGUUUCACUGCCUGAGGCGCUUUUCCAGGGAGUGCACCUCUGAGCAUCACCCUCUGUACAGCACCUUCUGCCAGCUGCUCUCCGCUGCCUUCUCUGUUGUGGAUCAGGAAGACUUAAAAAAGCUUCAGGAUGCCUACAGGUUCUGCGGUAUUCAUCCUGCAAAUCCCACGAAACAGCACAUACGGGAGCACUGCAGGAUUAAAAUACCCAGACCAACAGAGCUGCUGGACAGAGUGGAGAGGGUCCUGAGUCACUUCCACCUGGCGACGGACCCUAACAACGUCCCACUCUUCAAGGCAUCCAUGCUGAAGACGUGGCGGAUCCAGAGAGUCCACAUUCUCCGUGGGUGCCUCAGUGACCCUGAACUCUCGGAGGGCAUAAUGUAUAGGUACGGAGGCACUCUUCAGCUGAACCACGUACCUGGUGAAGGUGCCAAAGUCCCUAUCUGGAUCCCUGUCAGAGGCACGUCACAGCAAGAGGGGUACCAUUUCCACCAGGCUCAAUGGGUCACUGGCACGAACGUCUCCCCUGAAUUGUUCCAGGCCCAGGGCAUGACAGGGGUAGCCCGGUGGAACUACCAGCGGCUGGUGGAUCUUAAACAGCCAGGUGUCAUCCUCCCCGCUGUUUUUGACCCAGCUCUGAUGUGCGAGCUGAACGCUGCGUCUAUGCGAGUGACAGGGCAGGAGAAGUAUCCGGCAUUUCUCCUCUCUGACAGGGACACUGGAGAGAGGUUCGGCCUCCAGUACAGCGAGCCAGGCUGCCGUCCUGUCCCGCUGGACUGGGACAAGCACAGGACGCUCAAGAGGGAUCAGCCUGCUGCUCAGAUGCCGCCGCCGCCUCCCCUGCAUACACCUGCUGCUCCUGCUGAGGAACAAGCUCACGAUGUGCCAUUCUCUGGACCGGCACCAUCCAUCCGCCCUCCAGUCUCUGCUGGUGCUCUGCCAAGGCAGGAGAUGCCACCUGAAGAAGUUCAGGGUCCUUCAGCAGCAAGGGGUAAGCCAGAAUCAGAAAUGAUUUAUUUAUCCCUGCAGGAACAUUACAGUUACAGAACAUUACAGACAUUACAGUUGCUUGUCAUAAUAUUGUACUAAAAUAACAUGAUUAACUGAGGAACUAUUAUUGCUUUAUGUGUUCCAGAAAUCUCACAUGCCCUCCCCCUGCCUGUGAGUGCCUCCCCACGAAGUGCCCGCACUGGUCCCAUAAAAACUGGAGGCAGAGUUUUUGUGUUGGACCACACACGCUGGACAGCGCCCAUGAAGGUGGCAAUCGAUAAACUGCUGCAGAAGCACCACGGCCGGAAGGACAGCCUGAAGCUUGUGGAUCAGGAUUAUGCUGAGAUGGUCCAUCAGUCAGCCACGGAUCCAAACAGCUUGCUGCACCCCACCACCAAGCUCCACAUAUCUAGAUAUGUGAGGCACCUGGCAAAGCUCCUUAACACCAGCUCCUCCUUGAACACUAGCCCGGAAAAACUCGAGGAAACCCAGCAGCUGUGGCACUCUUUAACAGAGGGGAGUGUCACGUCUAGCGUUCCUGUGGUCACCAUGGAGGCGGCUAUUGUCAGGCCCCCUACACCUGCCCUGCCCACACCUCUGACCCAAGACUCCCUGGAGAAAAUUGUGGAGGGCAUCUUGGAAAAACAGCAGCAGUAUCAGCAACAACAGCCCCAGCCAGAGCAGAAGAAAAGGCAGACAAAGACUUGUCUCGCUUGCGGACAGCCCAAGUCUCGAUACGAGACCGAUGGAUCCUCGGUCCACUUUUUUUACCAGCAGGGGCCCGUCCGCUAUUUCUACUGCUCAAAGAAAGUGCAUCAAAGCUAUGCUGCUGAGGGGCUUUCAGAUGCCAAGAUGCCCUUCGAGGAGUUUGCGCAGACGGAGUUUUUCCAGAGGGAGCUGGAGGAAACAAAAAAACGGGUGGAGGAGAAAAAAAGGAAACAGCCAGACGCACAUCAAGCUGGCCGCCUCUGUCGGUUCUGUCAGCAGGGACUGAAACAGGGGCCAAACAGUCCUCACGUUCAUACUGGCUUCCCAGGGGUGGCAGGGAAAUAUAUUUACUGCCCUUCGAAGGUGCUGUCUCUAUAUCGCAGCAAGGGAAUGACCAGGGAGCUGAGCUGGAAGGAGUUUUGUGGGUCUCCUUUCUAUGAGAUGGAGAAACAAAGAUGGAAGGAUGAAAGGACAUAG